AUGAUACCCCCAGGGAUUGCUUUCGUGACUGGAGGAGGACGAGGCUUAGGAAAUGCGGUGGCAUGCUCGUUUGCCCGCGCAGGCUGUCGAGGAAUCGUGAUCAUCGAUAUACUACCAGAUGCUGAGCUUGAGAAAGGCAGACAGGCGGUCGCACAACUAGGUGCUAAACGAGGAACCAUAGUCAAUUUCGCAUCGGUGAACUCGAUUCUGGGAGGUCUCGGUACUGCUGCUUAUACUGCCUCCAAGCACGCAGUCAACGGGUUGACGAAGACGGCUGCCCUCGAAUAUCGCAAACAGCACAUCCGUAUUAACGCAAUCUCCCCCGGCUUUAUCUGGACCGCUAUUGCGGCAGAGAAUACCAAGAAUGACCCUCGAGCGCAAGAAGUAUGGGCACAGAUGGAAUCACGGCAAGGCAGAACAGCCUAUCCAGAGGAGAUCGGCGAUGCAAGUGUGCUUUUGUAA